AUGGCUAACUUUCAUCCCCGGAUGGUAUCUUUUGUAUUUGCGUUGACGGACAAUCACCUUUUGCCGGAAACGGCUGAAAUAAACGAAGACUGUUCACCUGACCACGAAAUCGAACAAAUGAUGAGGGCGAAUGCAUGCACUUUUCACACGAUGGCGCUCUCUCACGCUAUCUCUCGUGGGUGCAGUAUUGAUUCGGUUAAAAAGUAUCUUCAACAUUUUCGCCAAAAUCCCGAAGAAUUUGCAGAGAUAAUGCAACUCGGGGCACCGGUAUUGUACUAUGCGAUUGGAAGAAACUCGCCAGAGUUAUUGAAAUUACUCAUCGAAGCUGGAAUAGGACCGAAUGAACGGCAGGAUGGAGAUAGCAUGCUGCCGCCGCUCGCAUUUGCUGUCAUCCAUGGACAUUUGCAGUCACUGGAUACUACGGAGAUGGUAAGGAUACUUUUGGCUUCUGGUUUUGACCCCAUGAUUAUCCCUAAACACCUGUGGGGAAAAUAUGUUGAGAAGCCGGAGGAAGUCUGGCCCAAGACGAAGAAAAGCAUAAAGCCACUUUGGUGCGACGAAAAGAUUCACCAAUUACUGGCGCAAGGCUUGAAUGUCAGCCAGAGGUACUAUUUGUAUCAAGCAAGUAUCCGAAAGCCUUUGACGGCGGGGGAAACGCAACUCGCACAGAUUCAUAAAGCUUCAGGCCUUUUGAAGUUGCCCUAUUAUAUGAUAGGCCAACUUCCCAUCAUUCAAAAUCUCCAGCAAACCAUUUUGGGCCAUCUCGAUUUCCCUCAAUCUCUUGUUAUGGUAUUUGCUGGCCCUCCAGGACACGGCAAAACCGAGCUAGCGCAACAACUAGGUAACCUACUGAACGUGGAGAGUGUGGUAGUUCCCUGCUCACAGAUGGAAACGGAUUUUCAGAUCCUAGGACCUCAUCAAGGCUAUAAUGGCUACAAAGAUGGCUCAUUACUGAACAAUCACUUAGCAAUGAAUCACGGAAGAUUCUCUGUCGUCUUUUUAGACGAAUUUGACAAAACUUCAACCAAGGUAUGCGACGCAUUGCUGACGCUGAUGUCGGAAGGUGUUCACCGAGACCGGAGGAAUGAAAAUCCCAUUGACUGUAGCAGGACAAUAUGGAUUCUGGCAAGCAAUAAAGGGGACAAAGCUAUUCAGAGAUUCGAUCAAGGAAAUCUCAAGAACAUGGAUGAGCCGGAGAAACUGACGAAACCUCUGGUAUCCCGCAUCGACCACAUAUUUCCUUUUUUCCCCUUCUCUCACAGUGAAUCAGCUGUCGUCGCACACAAAUUUCUUCUCCAAAACGCCGCUCACCUGCGACGUGAUAUUGACCUAAGCGACGACGCAAGACGGCAUAUGGGCCACUGCGUAAUAACCUGCACCGAGGAUUGGAAGAUUUGCAGUCAUAUGGCUGAAAUGGGAUAUGAUGAAGAUUCGGGGGCACGAGGAUUGAAAAGAGAAGCCAGGAAAAUUUUGGAUGAGGCGCGAAACGUUUAUAAUUCCAUUCCUGGGGUUGUGUCAGACACGUUGAAUGAUGGCCCAUAUGAACGCCUGGAAGUUACAUUGGUACCGCUAGGUGACAACUUGUAUGAUUACAGCGUAUCACGGAAGUUGCUUGAAUGA